CGGCCGAGCAACCGUCUGCAUCGCGCGCAGCUCUCGAAGCGAUUUCGCAACCCAAGCACCGCAUCCCUCCAAAGGAUACUAUAGUAUACCACUUUCCACAGGCGCCGCCAAGUCGCAUUCCGCAUCCCGCAUCCCGAAAGGAUUUCCAUAAACAUUCCAAAGAAGCAAUGUCAGCGGUGCCGAUUAAAGCCCUCCUGGCUGGUGUUUUUCUGCUGGCCAAUGCCUGGCACAUCACAGCUGGAAAUGAGCAGCAUCAAAAGCACCACUUGCAGUGUUGGCACUGCAGCUCGGACACCAUUGGGGCGGAGGACUUUUGCGAUGUGACCUUCCAGGAGGACAACAUACCCACUGACCUCAUCAAGGAGCGGAACAUCAAUCUGCUGAGGAGCUGCAACAGCACCAUUAAUUCCGAUCACGAACGCGCCGUUUGCCGCAAAACCGUGGAGGAGAACAAUGGCAAGCUGGUCACCAAGCGGUUCUGCUACUACACCAACAAGUCGGAUCCCGUGGAGCUGUGCAACAUCACCAGUCCGGAGAAGAAUGUGCGGCGAGUGUUCUGCGAGGACUGCCUCACCGAUCGCUGCAAUGGAGCCUCCGUGCUGGAGAUCUUGAUUUUACUGCCCAUCGUGGCCCUAAUCCAACAGUUGGCCAUCUAAGCGGAGCAUCUCUGUAUUGUAUUUUAGUUGGAACGUGAUAUUUUGCCUGGCCUCACGGGCCGAGGCUGUUGCUGGUUAACGUUUACGUUUAGCUCGGUUUUAAUUAGUUGUGGGGACCCUAGCUCCCCGUCUCAUUAGCUUACAUUCAGAUUGAAGUUUAAGGUUCGACUAUAAGUUUAUGAUUUGCCUGGCCGAGUGCCAAUGAUUGCCAAGCUCAAAGCCCGGAAAAUUUCAAAAACAAAUCCAAUCGAAACUAUAAAUACAUAAAUCAAUACCAACACAAAUCUAAUUGUCACUAUACCUAAAUACAUAAAACAAUAUUAGAGUUUAAACCCCCAAGCACAGUAAAUACUCACUAAUAGUCUAUGUACAACAUGAUAUUUUAAUGUAAAGAACACAAGCCUUCACCUAUGUAUUUGUCACAGAUGCUAGACAAACGAAAAGAAAACUCAAUUCAAAUCAAGGUAUUAAAGCCCUUGAUUACACAAAACACACCGAAUAAAGUUCACAAAAC